UGUUUUAGACUAAUAUCUUUUAAAAUGAAAUUUCUUGCAUUUCUCGUUCGUUGCGGCGAGCUGAAAUACACAUGGGAAGGUGGGUAGGAGUCAGUUUUUCAGCGUGACUAUCAGCAGGUCACAUGCUCUGCGCUUCUCGGCGCUUGCUGCAACCGCAGCACUUCUGCGUGAAACGGACAUGGCGAGCGAGGAGGGCGCCGACACGCUAGAGACUUGGUUGAAUAAGGUGACAGACCCUGAGAACACAUCAGAGAGAUGGGACUGUAUCCAGGGAUUCUACCAGCAGGUUAAUGCACAACCAGAUGGGCCCCAGGUUGCUACACGUCUGUUGGCACACAAAAUUCAGUCGCCUCAGGAGAGAGAAUCUCUACAAGCACUCACUUUGCUGGAGGUAUGCAUGAAUAACUGUGGGAAACAUUUUCAUAGUGAGGCUACUAAAUUCCGAUUUCUGAAUGAACUCAUCAAAGUGCUGUCACCAAAGUACCUGGGUACCUGGACCACAGCCCUGGUGAAGUUGAGGGUGACAGAGGUUCUGUAUGGCUGGACUCUGUGGCUGAAAGAUGAGCCGAAGGUGCAGGAGGCGUACCGCAUGUUAAAAAAACAAGGUAUUGUGAAAAAAGACCCGAAACUGCCAGACACCGUGGUGAUGCAACCUCUGUGUCCCAGGCAGGAGGUGUCGGUGUUUGAUGAUGAAGGUAAAUCACAGUUGUUGUCACAGCUGCUGAAGAGUACCCGUCCAGAGGACCUGCAAACAGCUAACAGACUGAUUAAGAGCACACUGAAAGAAGAGCAGGAAAAGAUAGAAAAGGAGGGCAGACGUGUUGGCACUCUUCAGGAUGUGGAGAACUGUACAUCACAACUUAAAUCUCUCCUGAGCCAACAGUACACACAACACACUCAGGACAUGCAGGAUGUCUAUGAUCGCUGUGACAGGCUGAGACCAAUCCUCUUCAGACUGGCCAGCGAAACCGUGGAUGAUGAUAAAGUUUUAGCUGAGAUACUGCGAGGGAAUGACAAGAUAACAGAUGUGAUGAACCUGUACAGAGUAAAAACACAGAAGCAAGAGCCAGAGACUCAGACAGUGCCUUCCCAGAGUCACAACAGCCAGGACCCAGCUAGUCCAGUCAAGACCUACCACUUGAUUGACUUGUCUGUGCUGGGAGAUAGCGCCACUGCUGGCUGCAUUGAAGACAGCAGCUCUCUGCUGCUGUUGGAGGAGGAUGUGUGCCCCCAUGUUGCAGACUCCUGCAUCCCAAGGACACUCGGGGUGAAAUCUUACCUUGAGGAACUCACUCAGCUGGAGGAUAAAAUGAAAGUUAUGAAGGAGUCUGGCUCUAUAGAGACAACUAAUGGAAAAGGAGCCUACAAUAACCACAGUGCAUCAGUAUUACCAGUCAAGAAAGUGAACCCAUUUAGAUCAGAAUUAGAUGACAUGAAUCAGAUGAAUCAGCCAGGCAUAUCAGAAUAUAAACCACAUCCCCCUUCAUCCCUUAUGAACAUCACUGUUUCUUUGGAUUCUAUUAAGCCCAGCCACCUAAAGCCAAUAACAGUGUUCGAUCAUCAUGGCAUCCGGGUGUCUUUCCACUUCACCAAAGAAGCUCCGCCCUCUAGGCCUGAUAUUGCCGUCAUCAUCAUCUCUACUGUUAAUACCUCAGCACUUCCUGUUUCAGACUUCCUGUUCUUGACUGCUGUUCCAAAGACAAUGCAGGUCAAACUGCAACCUCCAACAAGAAGCGAUCUGCCCGCAUACAAUCCCAUACUGCCCCCUGCUGCCAUCUCUCAGGUACUGCUGCUCUCCAACCCUCUUAAGAGGCCAGUGCGUGUGAGAGUCAGGCUGUCCAUGAUGCUUGGAGAACACAGUGUUCAGCUGGAGGCAGAGAUUGACCACUUCCCAGAGUGGGACUCCUGGAAUAACCCUUGACCUUUUUAUAUACUUCUGAAGAGAUUUUGGUCAUUUAUGUAAUAAUUAAAAAAAAAAUUGUUUACAAACUA